AUGUCUACUGAAACCACACGUGCCCUGAUUCAACCAACCGCUGAAUCCAAUGCAGAUGGUCUAACCCUCCAAACCGACGUAGCCGUCAAUUCCAACCCAGCCAAAGGCGAGCACCUGAUUCAUGUCCAUGCCUGCUCUCCCUGCGCUGGGGAGCUUCUCUGGCCUAGAAACUUCCCCCCACCCACUAAACGCCUUCUAAUUCCCUGUCCCGAUGUCUCCGGUACCGUUGUCUCCGCGCCCCCAGAUUCCCCAUUUCAACCUGGGGCCGAGAUCUAUGCUCGUACGAGUUAUGUCAGACCUGGCAACGCUCGUGACUAUACCAUCGCUACUACGGACGAGCUCGCCAGAAAGCCAGAAAGCUUGACUUGGGUUGAGGCUGCUGCGGUGCCAGUAUCAGCCGAGACUGCUUGGCAAAUUCUCUUCAUCAACGCCGGGAUAGUCCCUCCCGAGGCUGUGAUGGAUAUCCCCAGAGCACAAUUGGCAUGGAAAGGCAAAAGAAUCCUGGUCACGGCUGCAUCUGGGGGCGUGGGACUGUGGGUUGUGCAGCUUGCAGCGAGGGUGCUGGGCGUCGAGGUGAUCGGGACGUGUGGACCCGACAACGUCGACCUGGUGCGAUCUAUGGGGGCCAAGGAGGCUGUUAAUUAUCGAGCCACUGACCUGAAGGCCUGGGUAGAGGAGGAGGAGGGAAGGCGGGUAGAUGUGGUUGUUGACUGUGUAGGAGGACGAGCACUCGAGGAUGCUUGGUGGACUGUGAAGGACGGAGGCACAGUGGUGAGUAUCUUCCAACCUCCCAGAACAUUAUGUCCAUGGAAGGAUCCGAGUGCAAGAGGUGUUAAGGAUAUAUUCUUUGUAAUGGAGCCAAGUGGCAAUCAGCUGGGGGCGGUCACUGAGUUGAUUGAAUUAGGAAAGUGUCAGGGAAGGGUGGAUAGUGUGUGGCCGUUGGAACAUUUUAGGUCAGCAUUUGAAAGGCUGGCGACUGGGCACACCAGCGGGAAGAUUGUAUUUGACUUGAGCUUGAACAGGUAG